AUGGUGUCGCGCGCAGCGAAAAGAGACAACGAUGGAGCUCCGGAAAGCUCGCCGAAAGCCAAAACAACUGCGCCCCACGUGAUGUCACCGCACCAGAAACCACGCCCGAUCAACCAGAUGAUCUUCCAACCUGAGUGUCGCAAGUGUGCGCUCGACUUUGCGUCGGUAAUUCCUGCGCAACUUGCGUUUCUCACCAUUUACAACCCUCUCCUCGGACCAACGGACGAAACGAUACAAGACCAGAUCGUUUUCUAUACAUCAAGAUCCGAUCUGCUGAAACGACGCGAGAGUUCCACAGUGGGAGACGAGGCGAAAGAUUCCAAUCAUGAGUGGAAUGAGAGGCUGCGCCAGAUAGGUCUCGCGCAGGGGAUAGUGAGCUUUGCGAGAAACUUCUCGGAGGGAAAGUCAGUGGACUAUGUGGAGACAGACAAAUCCCAUAUCAUCCUGCAUGAAUUGGAAGAAAAUUGGUGGAUUUUGGCUGUAAGUGCCGCUGCGGACCAAUCUAUCCCAAUAGGUGCUCAAUAUCAACAGUUAGUCGACAUGACUCGACUUCCUGCCGACUCCUCCAAGGCGCCUUCCUCGCAGCGCAAUAUUUCCGAUGCCCCCCAGUAUCAUUAUUCAUCGAGAGAAAUGUGCCCUCCGCAUCUCCUGAUCCAGCAGCUACGCCGAGCUCAUUCCACGUUCCUCCUACAUCAUGAUUUCUCCCUCGAGUCUAUGUACCAACGGAUUGGCCGGCCCGCCUUCUGCACCAUCCUUGAUAGUUACUGGCGGAAAUUCGCAUGGAACUGGGAGGUUCUCCUGAGCGGAAACCCAGCUAUUGACAUGUAUAACGGUAUAAAACUCUCCGCCGGGGGUGAGCUCGGGGUCGGCGUUGGUGAAGAAGAGUGGGGAAGCGGAGAACGAGAAGUCCUUGAGGAUUUUGUGUCUCGGACAGAUGGCCUUGUGGAUCUGAUUGUUUCCAGGUUUGGUGAUCCAUAUAUGCCUGAGCAAGAGAAGGCUAGGGGGCUCCCAGGUCAACCUCCCAAAGGAGACCAGUGGCUGGGAUUGGACGUCUACCCUCGACCAUCAGACGGAGUCAUAUUCUCGGGGGUAGGUGGCAUCUCUCGACGCUCUGUGGCCAAUAUAACUCAGUGGAUGGAAUUGAUAUAUCGGUACGGAACUGAAGCCUACGGAGUUGGCGAAGAUCCAACCUCGCCCCGACGGCGGAAGCGACGGAGACGACGAGGCCGAGCUGGAAGAGAUGCUGACGGCGCUUCUGGCCUCUCGGAUAAUGCACAGGCUAUGAGCCCAGACCGUGGUUUCUCCCCAGGCAUUCCUCGUCCACUCGUGGUAGGAGGCACACAAUCCUCACAGGUCGCUUCUGGUUCGGAUGGGCAAGGAAGCUCCUUUAAAAGCAGUGAGAGCUCCCCAGCAAGAAGCGAGCGAGGGAGCGACUGGAUGCCAUUCAGAACAGACACGUUUGUGAAGUACCUCACGCUUGGUUAUGGCUCCAGUUGGGGGCCUUCAUCUGAAUCACCCAGUCCACAUCCCCGCGUUGAAGCCUUGAAGCAAGAGUCACCUUCCGGAGGAGACAGUCAAGGUGACCCGCCUGGGGAUCAAGGGAUGACUCUCAUCAAGAAAACCAGUCAUUCCAAGGACCGAGGCAACUUUCUCAUCGGCCUCCUCAAUGACACGUCUAAUCCCGAUGGGCAGUCCGUGGAAGAGCCCGUGGUGACAAACGAUAUUCCUACGGAGUCUAACGAAGUGAUAACGCAAAGGACGCUACAUGUUCACCCAUAUACUUCCGAUCAGGAUAUCACAGAUCCUGUUAAACUGCGAACUGUAGUAUACGUUAAUCAACCGUUCAUGUACACGUUUCUCUUUGAUCCAGAGACCCCGUCGCUGGCCGACCCAUCUCUCUAUCACACCAUCCACCACCAACUUGGACCUCUUCAAAAGCCCCUGAGCCACUCGACCUCCCCGGCAAACGCUGCGACCCGUAUCUCAGAAUCUGAGAUGACCACGGAUGGCAACCAACUCGUCGCCCCCCAAACUCAACCAGUCUAUGAUCUAGUCUACGACCCAUCCAAUCUAACCAUCCGAUCUUCGAUUCCUAACAUUCCCGAUCUAGGCCCCGAGCCACUGGGCAAUCAUGGCUCAAGCUCUCCGCCCUGGUCACGGGUUGAGAGCCUCAAUAUUCACCAUCGAAUUCUCAGCACAUUCGUCGAGACCCGCUCCCGCCCGCUAGAGCUUGAGCGAACUUGCAAGACCAGCCGUGGCUGGUGGGUUGUCUGGGUGCGAAUGGCAAAUGCAGGCACAGCCGACCAGAAGGACAGCGGAGCUGCUAGUGUUGGAACCGACGAUCCGCGCCAGGAAGCGUUUCUGAUCCGCAAAGCAAGCGACCACAUUCCCCCGUCUUCCCAUACUCGCAACAGCAGUGGAACUCAAUUCUUCCGCGAUCUAGGCGGCGUGGGUCUUGGUUCGUCCCGUACCGAUACCGGGCCAGCCAAGCUGGUCGAGGGCUUGGGCCUAGAUGCACGACGAUAUAUCGAGAAUUUAUUGAGCUUAAAUAGAUGA